GACAAGACCAAGACCCACCCCACGUGCAACUAAAUCCAUCUUUAACACAUUGUAUUGUGUGACUGUCUGUAUGUGAAAAGCUUAAGAUUAGUUUGAUGUUGCCGGUGACUUCCCGGUAGCCAGUCAUCUUUCCAUCUCUCUCUGUCCUCUUUUGUUGGCAUUUCAAGAUUGCACCACUCACUUUACUUGCUUCAUCUGCAGCAGCCACUUGGGUCUUCUUGGAAGAAUUAUGACACAAAGAACCGAGGUACCAAAGUUUGGUAACUGGGAAAGCGAAGAUGAGGUUCCUUAUACCACCUAUUUUGAUAAUGCAAGAAAGGGUAACAGUGGUGCUCAGAUGAGCCCAGAUGCUCCUGAAGCCAAUACUGAUACACUUUUGAAUGAAAAACAGUCUUCAAAAGUCCCAAUCUCCCAGAAAGAAGAAGGUAAUUUGCCCGCAAUCAAGACAGGCACUAACCUCUCCUCUCAGCAGCGUCAUGGUGUUGUGAGGUCUGCCAACAAGUCAGAAUCUGAAUCACCUAAGGACCCAGACGCGUCAAGACCAAGACAUGAGCGUCGGCCGAGCCAUGGAGAAGGCGAUCUUAAAAAAUCAAAUGACUCCUCAUUGCGCCAUGAAUCUGAGAGCAGGAAAGCUGUUAACUCAGCACACCAUGGUCAUGGAGGAAUUAGUACUGAUAGCCCUAGAAGGGUUUCAAGGCAGAAUGUGGGUUCCGACCGCAGUGUUGAACAGUCACCGCUGCAUCCCAAUCACCAAACAAGGCUUGGAAACAAAAACAGUGGUGUAUCUUCUCCCUCGUGGGAAAGAAAGAGCACUCUUGACAGUAGCCACGGCUUACCCUCCACUCCUGGAAGGUCAAGAUUGAGAUCAGUUACACGAGGCGAUGACACUCCCGAUGAUAGUCCAGCAGUUCCAAAAUUUGGUGAUUGGGAUGAAAGUGACCCUACAUCAGGUGAAGGGUACACUCAAGUAUUUGACAGGGUGCGAGAGGAGAAACAGAGUGGUACAGGAAAAGUGCCCAUCAUGCCAACCGAGUCUUCUUACUCAAAUGGACAAAAGCAAUAUGGAAAUGACAGCCCAAAGGGCUGUUUAUGCUUUCCAUGGGGUAAAAAAUGAGAUCAUCCCAUUUUGCUGUGAAUGUAAGUGCAUAAUACGUUGUACUCAUAAGACUACAGUAUGUAUGAAGAUAAUGUAGCAAAUGAGUUCCUUCUACUAUAUAUAAGUUCGCCCUCAAAAUACAAAAUUGAUAUUAGAACACCGGCAGUCCUUUCUAAAAUGUGGAAGUACUGUCAAAGCUAUUUUGGCGCCUCAAAAGUAAUGUUAUUUUGCACGUAACUUAUGUGUUACAUACCCAGCUGGAUGCUCUGAUCCAUUAAUAUUUGGGCAAUCACAAAUAUCUUUUGCAAAUUGGUGCUGGUUUUUCAUUGUUUUUUGUUUCUUCUGUUGGCUGCAUAAUGCUGUACCUAAGUUUUUCUUUUUGAAUCGGAGACAAAAAAUCCAAGUGUAGAUUCAUUUUAUACCCUGUUCAAUAUAUUAUUUUUUGCUUCCA